UUUAAUUAUUUAUGUAAAUAGGCGUCAAGCUUUUAAUUCCUCCCCACUCUUUCCUCCAACAACUCCACUUGAGUUGAUCCUUUUGCUUUGAACCCAUCCAACAAAAUCACUAAAGGUACUACUAGUCUUGUACAUUUAUUCUUUUUAACUUUGAUGUGGCAAGAGAGAUACGUAGCCCCCCUUUUUGUUAAAUGGAUACUUUGUUUAGAUUAGUUACCCUUCAACAACAACAACAACAACAAUCUGAUCAAUACUCUUUUAACUCCAGCAGAACUUCAAGCAGCUCUAGAUCUUCUAACAAACAAAACACAUAUAAUACUACUUAUAAUUAUCAUCCACAUCAUAAUAAUCAAGACGAAGAAUGCUUCAACUUUUUCAUGGAUGAAGAUGAUUUCUCUUCUUCUUCUUCUAAACACAACAACAACUAUCCUCCUCCUCAUUACAAUCAAUAUCAACAAAUUUCCAACACUCCCACACCGACAACUACAAGCAGUACCCCGACACAACAAUCUCAAUCUCAUCACUAUGAUCAUCAAUUCUCCCCAGCACGUGAUUUAAAUCUCGAAUUCGCUUCCUCAUUUUCCGGAAAAUGGGCGACGGACAUUCUUCUAGAAACUUCUCGUGCCAUAGCCGAUAAGAACAGUACACGUGUCCAACAACUCAUGUGGAUGUUGAAUGAGCUGAGUUCUCCAUAUGGAGAUACCGAACAAAAAUUGGCUUCUUAUUUUCUUCAAGCAUUAUUUAGCCGUAUGACGGAUUCUGGCGAACGAUGUUAUCGUACGUUGUUAUCCGCUUCGGAUAAAACAUGUUCGUUCGAGUCAACGAGGAAAUUAGUUUUGAAAUUUCAGGAAGUUAGCCCUUGGACGACUUUUGGUCACGUUGCAUCCAAUGGUGCAAUUAUGGAAGCCUUAGAAGGUGAGUCAAAGUUGCAUAUAAUUGAUAUUAGCAACACUUAUUGUACUCAAUGGCCUACUUUACUAGAAGCGCUAGCAACCCGCACCGAUGAAACACCGCAUCUCCGCCUCACCACGGUGGUUGCCGCUAGCGGAGGUGCAGCGUCCGUGCAAAAAGUGAUGAAGGAGAUUGGUAAUAGAAUGGAAAAAUUCGCUAGGCUUAUGGGCGUACCGUUUAAAUUCAACGUCAUUCACCAUGCGGGAAAUUUAUCUGAAUUGGAUAUUGGUGCGUUAGAUAUUAAAGGAGAUGAAGCGCUAGCAAUUAAUUGUAUUGGUGCGUUACAUUCCGUUACGCCAGCUGGCAAUCGAAGGGAUUAUUUGAUAUCAUUAUUUAGGAGGUUACAACCUAGGAUUGUUACAAUUGUUGAAGAAGAAGCUGAUCUUGAUGUUGAUGGUCUCGAUUUUGUUAAAGGUUUUCAAGAAUGUUUGAAAUGGCUUAGGGUUUAUUUUGAAUCAUUAGACGAGAGUUUUUCAAAAACAAGUAACGAACGUUUGAUGCUAGAGCGACAAGCAGGACGUUCGAUUGUUGAUUUACUAGCAUGCCCACCAUCAGAGUCAAUGGAGAGGCGGGAAACGGGGGCAAAAUGGUCACAUCGUAUGCAUGGAGGAGGGUUCAGUCAGGUUUUAUAUAGUGAUGAAGUUUGUGAUGAUGUUAGAGCUUUGUUGAGAAGGUAUAAAGAUGGCUGGUCGAUGGGACAGUGUGGCGGAGAUUCCGCCGGAAUAUUCUUGUCGUGGAAGGAACAGCCGGUGGUGUGGGCCAGUGCAUGGAAGCCUUAAAAUUAAAUUAGGACCAAUUGGUGGUGUGGGUGGUGAGUCACCAUCGAGAUCUCCAUAUUUGCUCUCACUUUAAUUAGUGGAUUUGUUUGGAGUGGAUAUGGAAUCAAGAAAGGUACCUUUGGCUUCUUUUUGUUUAAAUUUUAAAUGAUGAAUAGAAUUUUUGAGUUUUUAAUUAGUAGUAACAUACUAAUUCUAUCGGAUAUGAUGAUUAACCUUUUGUUAACAUUGGAUUAAUUUCGGUAUUCAAGAAAAGAAAAUUUGUUUUUU